CCGAAAACACUCCCAGUCAACAUGCAAACUGCAAAUACAGAAAAACGAAAAGCUGCUACUUUUAGUCCUCAAAAAGGGAGAAGCUAAGCCGUAAAAAGCGUAUCUUUUCCAUGAGAAAGCAUUAGAAAGGCGACAGCCCACAACCAAAUCGAAAUCAGAGGGUGUUGAGGCUGACGGACAGUUCGCGGCUAACAUAUUGAUGGACUUAGUACACUAAAUUCCUUCCAAAAAAAGUUGUCAGACGAAUCAACAAAAACAAGGAAAUGCUUUGUUAUAACCGAUGUACCACCACGUCGGUUAUUUAGUACAGUAGGACUUUCGAGAAAAGAGACACCGCUCAAAACCGAGCUACCACUCUGAUCAGCGAAGAUGGGAAAGAAAGGUAUUGCCUGCCUUGUAACGUAAGCACAGGACGUAUACUUACCUGCAAGAACGUGCGUACUUUCAUUCUACUUCCAACUCUAUGACUACUCUUUCUCCUCCAAAAUUUCAGGCAAGAAGUCGCGGAAGCAAUUAGAGGAGGAAUUGCUGAAAGCGCAAGAGGAGCAAGUCGCUUUCGAUUAAGACGGGACAAAUUCAUUUGUCAGUACUAGAAGCUGUCUCUCUCUAGAUUCAUGUGGUAGAGGUAGAGUAAGACACAGCUUCUAGUACUGACAAAUGUUAUGCUCAGCUUUUUUCCAUCAUUCUCGGCAUCUUGACCCCUUUUACCUUGUAUUUCACGAGAAUACAGAAGUACUAGAAGCUGUGUCUUGUACUCUACCUCUACCACGUGCACCUAUUUUCCUAGACUGAAGUGUCUUACUCUACCUCUACCCUUUCUAACUCGUGCAAGAAGAAGCCGCUCGAAGAGAAGUCGAGGAGAAAGCGAGAGCAGAAGCAGAGACUCUAAGAGCGCAGGAGGAGGCACAAGCGCAAGAAGAAGAGAAGCAAAGACUAGAGGAGGAGGCGCCGAAGGUAUACUUUCGUUCAAAUCUUACUUCCGUUGUUUGGAUCGUUGCUUGUAGAUGUAGUCGUGGGUGGCAAAUAGACUCUCCUAGUAGGUAGAAGUAGUCUAUUCUACUCGUAUAACAAGGAAGAUUCUUGUUACAAUGAAUGUGUUGGCACACAAAACUACUAACAGGCCGUGCAAUUCCUGAAAGAUCACCAAGAAAACCUGCACUAUGAACUGGAGAAAUUGAGGCACGCGAACGAAUGGGACGCCUACCUCAAGUGUGAAACAAAGCCGGAUGUUCGGUAUCAAUUUCAAUUGUGAAAUACACAUAAUAGAAUGAAUGAUAUCUACAUCUUCUACUUCUUCACGACAAACAGUGAUGUCUUUUAUCGUACUAGACCACUCCUGCACCAGUGAGCACCUCAUCUACAAAUCCAACACCAGGUUUGAAGCCCAAAUCGCUGGCUAUGAAACCGGCCUGUCGGAGAGGGAGAUCAUCGACUGCAGAAAGGCACUCGAUGCCGGGGUCAUGUCCGAGAUCAUAGUGAAAGACCUACAAACGGUCUAUUGCGAGGCAAAGGGGCACAAUAACUUCACCAAGAUGGCAUGGUGUACGAAGUUUAUCAACGUGUUGCGGGAUCUGGAGUUGGCAAAGUUAGACCAGUCCAUGGCCUACUUUCUGGGGCAUAUCGAAAGCAAGCAAAUCAACGCGAGGCAAGAAGUGCAGGACGUGUACGCCGAGAUUUUACCGGAACUUUAACAAGAACUCCUCUUUGUCCUCGAUGUGUGAUCAUGACUCUGCAAGGAAGGUUCUGUCUAUACUCUUGUCUAUACUAUCAGGUAGAAAAAUUAUGGCCAUGGGAAUCUAACUUCCGUAAUGCCUUUCAACAGGUGGGGCGACAACAAAAGCGACAUACGGGUAGGCUUUUGGGGAUCAAUAGCGCCAGCAAGCAAAUUUCGGGCUAAAGUAGUGGACCAGUAUAAGAUGGGGGUACUUCUCGAGUUGCCAAAGAGUGUAGCCAGCGGGCAUAGCCACGUGCAGAUCGGGGUGCGAUCAUUGUACUUUCCUCUUCGAUGUACAGUUUCAGCUUUUUAAAUGCGGGAAGCAAGUUGAAAUUGUCUGAGGUACAAGAUUCGAUGGAAUUGCAUAGUACCUUCUAUCUUCACUGACAAAACUUUGCCUCUUCACUGACCAAUAAGACAUACGUCAGUCGCUCCAAAAAUCAAUCACAGGUACACGACAUUCGACAACGUCUCCAUGAAUGCAACAAGGAUGUUGAGCGUGGGCGGUGUGUGUCGGGUAGAGGUCCUAUCAAUACCUUUUAGACCCAAGGUAUAUCCAAGUUAAGGUGGGCUACUUGUUUUGCAGCAUGUUCGUAUGAUCAUCCUCAAUCACAUGUUCGUCUUCAUCCUGAAUCAUGUUCGCAGGAGUGAGACUAGUGCGUGGUAGAGGAGCAUGUGGUCUCUAACGAACAGGCGGAUGGAUCAUGCGGGUGAUUCCUCCAGAGGGAACUCUUCGACUGAAGCGACUGCAGUAUCCGAACGCUGAGGGGGGGCUCAACUUAGCAAACCUGCAACCAGUGAAGGUGGAAUACAAGGUUCCAGAGCGCAGCGUUAUAGAAGUGGAUAGUCCGGUAGUAAGCAUAUGGGAUGCUGGAGAGCAUAAUUGGAGCCAGGAGCACAUAUCGGAUAUCAACUUUGAGUAUGGCCGCAAGAAGGAGUUUUGUUCUAGUAUUGAAGGUUUUUGUCAGCAUAUUCCGGCAGCUGUGGCAGGUUGUCAUCACAUUGAAAAAGAACGACGAUGCGGGAGAUUCAGCCUCAGUCUCAGCAACAGAAGCUUCACGAGAUUCAACAUGUAGCAUAGAAGCAGGUCGAUUUCUCUCUUUAUAAUCACCAGAUUGCUCUUCUAAUUCUACGAAGACACGAGGAAAAUCUCCUUCUACACACUGCGACUCGGCAUUUUUAGUAUCACGCAGCCGAAGACACUAGACUUUCCAUACAGCUAUUGGCUCUGCAGGCCAAAAGCACUGGGUGACGUGGAGCUUCAGCUAAAGACGACACGUUUCGAGGUGCUGUUUCGGAUAAACAACGAUUAUGGUCGUGAAGAUGGUCGUCAUGUUUCGUUACACUUGUUCUUGGAAAUUAUCUUGAAGAUCAUGUUGUACUAGCACCGUGAGCGGCCCUACGACAAGCAGAAGGGAUCGGGCAGAUUAGUUAGUGAUGUAGUCUACUUGUCCUCUCUAACGGGAAGGAAUUUGCAUGUUGGGACCAGCAUUGCCGGAGUUAAUGGGCGCCAUCCUCUUUGACGGAGAUGCGCCGCCACUGCCAGAGGACAGUGAGGAAGAAAUGCAGGAGAGGAAGCGAAAAAUCUACCAUGACCCAAUACAAUUGCUUCUGGACUUGAGGCAGUGCGGUACUAUCUUCUUCUGUGUAUGUCCAAAAAUACAGCAUAGAAUUCCUCAUUGUCGGGUCAUUGAAUUUCAUCUUCGCAAGUAAGUACUUACACGGUCGAUACCAGUGAGGACCUUUGUAUGUAUAUGUAAUUCCCAUUGAUAUGGUCAUCUCUCAAUACUCCACCAGACCAACACAGGUCUCAAAUUCCCAUUGAUGUGAUCAUCUCUCAAUACUCCACCAGACCAACACAGGUCUCAACCUCCUCCCCGAAGAAGAAGACGAGCUUGGGGAUUAUUGCAAGAUGAAGGACCUUGCCAUGGAGACUAA